AAAAAAAUUAAAUAUUUGUUGUCUAUUUAUGAAUCUUAAAUAAUAAUAAUAACCAACAAAAUGUCGUCGACUGCAACAACACCAAUGACAAAUAAUGUCAUUUUGAGGAUUAUACAUUUUUUAAGCAUGAUGCAAUUAUCCUCAACAGCAACCACCUGUUUGGGAUUAAUUUUAUCCGUACUUAUCCUGAGUGCCAAUAAUGUCGAAAGCCGAGCAAUGGCUGCCACAUCAAAUACAACAACCACAAACUCAACGAAACAUCGACUAAUCAUCGGCACAAAUUCCAUUAUGCGGCAAGUAGAAGAAACACAAUCUAGCAAUGAUCACAACCGUUCGUUGAAAAAGGUUUUCCUGUCAAAUCGUACGGUCACUUGCAACGAUGGUUCCCAAGCGGGAUUUUAUUUACGGAAGUCAGCCGGUUCGAAGAAAUGGGUUGUGUUCUUGGAAGGCGGAUGGCAUUGUUACGAUACGAAGUCAUGCAAAGCAAGAUGGAUGAAAUUAAGACAUCUGAUGACUUCCUAUCAAUGGCCGGAAUUUAGAAAUGCUGGAGGUAUUUUGUCUGGAGUCCCUGAAGAGAAUCCCUAUUGGCAUAAUGCCAAUCACGUUCUAGUGCCUUAUUGUAGCAGUGAUUCAUGGUCUGGAACUAAAGCCCGAGCGGACGAUGGGGAUAGCUGGCGUUUUAUGGGAUCGUUAAUUAUUCGUCAGGUUAUAGCUGACCUUAUUCCAUUGGGCUUGGGUAGAGGAUCGGUGUCAGAAUUGCUUUUGGUGGGUUCAUCAGCCGGGGGACUUGGUGUGAUGUUGAAUUUGGAUCGAAUCAAUCAUUUUCUUCAUCAUGAGAAGAAUUUGAAGGUAUUGGUCCGAGGAGUCAGUGACUCAGGAUGGUUUUUGGAUAGAGAACCAUUUGCUCCAGCUGCCAUUGGAUCCAGUGAGGCUGUCCGUCAGGGCUGGAAACUGUGGGAGGGACAGUUACCUGAGGCAUGUGUGAAGCAACACAAAGAAGAACCUUGGCGGUGUUAUUUUGGUUAUAGACUAUAUCCAACUUUAGAAUCUCCUCUCUUUGUAUUUCAAUGGCUUUUCGAUGAAGCACAAAUGAGAGCUGAUAACGUUGGGGCACCAGUCACUCCACAGCAAUGGAACUACAUCCACGAAAUGGGUGGAGCACUGCGUUCUUCCCUAGAAAAUGUCUCAGCAGUCUUUGCUCCAUCUUGUAUUGGACACGCAGUACUCUCCAAGCGUGAUUGGGUCAAUAUCAAAAUCGAUGACGUUUCCCUUCCCAAAGCUCUCCGUUGUUGGGAAAAGUCAACACGACGCAAGCGAAUCAAUAAACUUCGUCGUGCUACAGAAACCAGCAUCAUUCCAUCUGAAAAACGCAAAAAACACAACCAAAGACACAAACAUCCCGAACAGCAGCAACAGGACAAAUCCCAAAAGAACCAUCGAUUGACCAAAGAAGAACGCGAACAACGCCGCAAACAUAACCAACAACGAAAACGCAACAAUCAAAAUAACAAUAAGAAUCCUCGACGAGUCAAAACUCAAACCACAAUGAAUCCGAAUCGGUUUGGAAGCCUUCCCGAAAAUGGAACCCAUACAAAUCGCCUCCACAAAAAUCGAAGAAAACAUCAACACGAAAAAGUCGGGCAAAAAAAUCAACAUAAGAAAAACCACAAUGGCAACAACAAUAAUAAACGUCGACGAAAGCAACAACAAUUGCAACAGGAACAACCUGCAUUACCGAUAAUUGUCAAAAGUCAAAAAUCAAAUGAAGAUGGACCAAAACAAAAAUGUAGCCUAAGGUAUUUGGAACGUUGCAGUUGGCCACAGUGUAAUCAUUCUUGUCCAACUUUAACGAAUCCAGCAACGGGAGAGGAAAUGAGGUUCUUGGAGCUGCUGACAUCAUUUGGGCUGGAUAUUGAGACAGUGGCAACAGCCCUUGGGGUUGAUAUGCAAACUUUGAUCAAUAUGGAUCGUACAGAGUUGGUGAAUCUCUUGACACAGCAAGUUAGCUGAAGUUGAGUCCGUGAGUAGCUAAUUCGGAAAUCCAGUCACAAAUUUGUUUUCUUCGCCAUGAAAAGAAUCUCGAUAAGAGUUGAGAAGUGUCACACUGGGCAAAUAUGUAGGAUUCCCUUUUUUGAAAAUGGAGAGAAAAGCAGAUGUUAGAAAACAAUAGCGCUUAAAGGUUGACCGUCCCUAGUAGAAUAAACCAAGUUUACACGAAGUGUUUCCCUUUCCGUCUGCGAUUGUUUUUUUCUUAGCAGAAAUUUCAGUUUAACAACUAAACUAAUUCCUUCUACUAAAAUCCUUCUAAAUAUCUUCAUAUUCUCUUAAACCAAAGUAUUUUUUCGAUCUGUCAGAUUGAAAAGUAUCAAUUACUUUCUUUUGUACCGACCUUGAAGGCGAAAUCAAAUAAAUAUGAAAACCAAUAUCUUUACACCCAACAACUGUCACUUUAAAAAAAAUGUGAACU